GGGUCGCCAGGAGGCGGUUGGAUCCGGUAAGCGAGAGUGGAAGUCGGAAAGUGAAAGAGAAGGCGGGCAGAGGCGCCGUACCUGAGAAGGUUUACCUGACGUUUGCGGCGUGACGAUUAAGGAUUGAGUUUCCGCCCGUUCUCUUAGGAACUGUCAAGCUCCAGAAGGAAUCAUAACUGACUGGCCAUUGACAGAUUCAGGAUGAAGACAGUUGUGAAGAUGGCAUGCCUAAGGAGUUUUAAAAGAUGCAGACCACCUGAUUGAAAAUGGUAGUUCUAUGUUUUAUCCCAUUCAGUUAGGAAAUUGCUACUGCGUCAUAAGCAAGUCAUGAUUACAUUAACUGAACUCAGAUGUUUAGCAGAUGCCCAGGCAUCAUUCCACAUCUUGAAACCAUGGUGGGAUGUCUUCUGCUACUAUCUUACCAUGAUAAUGCUGCUUGUUGCUGUCCUUGCUGGGGCUCUUCAACUCACUCAAACUAGAUUGUUAUGUUGUCUUCCUUGCAAGCUUGAAUUUGACAAUCGUUGUGCAGUGCCUUGGCAUCUGGUUAAAAGCAACAUCAAUGAAUCCUUCAGCUCUGCAACACCAGAAAUUCAUCCUCUUAGAAUCCAGAAUUACCUUCAUAGGCAGCAGUAUUCUUACAUUGAUGCAGUGUGUUAUGAGAGAGAACUUCAUUGGUUUGCCAAAUUUUUUCCAUACUUAGUGCUUCUCCAUACUUUCAUUUUUGCAGCUUGUAGUAAUUUCUGGCUUUACUAUCCCAGCACAAGUUCAAGGCUAGAGCAUUUUGUAGCCAUACUUCACAAAUGUUUUGAUUCUCCCUGGACCACACGUGCCCUAUCAGAAACAGUUGCUGAACAAUCUGUGAGAACUCUGCCAUUCUCCAAAUCUAAAAAAUUUCUUCCUUCCCCAAGCAACUUAACAGGGCUGGAGAGCAAGAGGCAAUCGGUGUCCUACUCACAGACUGGACUAGAAACAGCUGGAAGAGAGAGUUCUUCAAAUGUUCUUGACAGAAGAGAAGGGGAACAAGCAAAGUCAAUAUUUGAGAAAGUGAAACGAUUUAGGGUACAUGUUGAGCAGAAGGAUGUCAUUUAUAGAGUGUAUCUAAAACAGAUUGUGAUCAAGGUUGUUGUAUUCAUUUUAAUAAUGAUUUAUGUUCCAUAUUAUUUAACCUUUAUUAACCUAGAAAUUGAUUGUAUAGUUGAUAUUCGAAUCUUUACUGGCUACAAGCGAUACCAAUGUGUCUAUUCACUGGCUGAAAUUUUUAAAGUGCUUGCUUCAUUUUAUGUUGUCCUGGUGAUCUUAUAUGGCCUGACAUGCACUUACAGUUUGUUAUGGAUGCUGAGAAGUUCACUUAAACAAUAUUCUUUUGAGAAGCUGAGGGAGCAGAGUAAUUACAGUGAUAUCCCUGAUGUAAAAAAUGACUUUGCCUUUAUUCUCCAUCUAGCAGACCAGUAUGAUCCUCUAUAUUCAAAGCGGUUCUCAAUAUUUCUCUCUGAGGUGAGUGAAAAUAAGUUGAAGCAAAUUAGUCUCAAUAAUGAGUGGUCUUUAGAGAGACUGAAGAGCAAGCUGGUACGAAAUCCUCAAGACAAAAUGGAACUUCAUCUUUUUAUGCUGAGUGGUCUUCCAGAUGAUAUCUUUGAACUCACAGAGAUAGAAGUUCUAACCCUAGAACUUAUUCCCGAGGUUAAACUUCCAUCAUCUCUAAACCAGCUAUCCAAUCUUAAAGAACUGAACGUUUAUCAUUCAUCAUUAACUGUAGAAUAUCCAGCACUGCACUUCCUUGAAGAUAAUCUAAAAAUUCUACGUCUAAAAUCUGUUGAUAUGGGAAAGAUUCCACGCUGGGUAUUCUAUCUAAAAAACUUACAGGAACUGUAUUUGACUGGAUGUUAUGUGCCAGAACUCCAGAAUGGCUUCUAUAAUGAGGGUUUUCAGGAUCUUGUAAAUCUGAAAGCAAUUCAUUUAAAGAAUAGCCUUUCCCGCAUACCUCAGGUGGUUACAGACCAAUUGCCUUCACUACAGAAAUUAUCUAUUGACAAUGAGGGAAGAAAACUGUUAGUGUUGACCAACUUGAAGAAACUGUUAAACCUGAGAACCUUGGAACUGAUCAGCUGUGAUUUGGAGCGAAUUCCUCAUUCUAUUUUCAGCCUAAACUAUUUGCGUGAAAUAGAUUUGAAAGAAAACAAUCUCCGAACAGUAGAAGAAAUUAUUAGCUUUCAACACCUUGAAAAUCUUUCUUGCCUGAAAUUGUGGCACAACAAAAUUUCUUACAUCCCUGUACAGAUUGGAACCUUAGCAAACUUGGAGCAGCUCUAUUUAAAUCACAAUAACAUUAAAAAAAUCCCACCACAGCUUUUUCUUUGCAAAAAGCUACAUCAUCUGGAUCUGAGUUACAACAAGCUAACCUCUAUUCCUGAUGAAAUCCAAUAUUUAACAAAUUUGCAGUACCUUGCUGUGACUAAGAAUCAUAUUGAAGCACUUCCUGAUGGAUUAUUCCAGUGCAAAAAGCUACAGUACCUUCUUCUGGGACAUAACAGCCUAAUGCAUUUGUCCCCUCGCGUCGGUGAGCUUCCCAACCUUGUUCAUCUGGAGCUCAAAGGAAACUAUCUGGAGUUACUUCCUGCGGAGCUAGAGGAAUGUAAUUCCCUGAAACGGAGUUGUCUAAUUGUAGAAGAAUGCUUGUUAAAAACUCUUCCCCUUCGCGUAACAGAACAUAUGCAGAUAUGCUCGGACAAAGUUUGAGUUCGAGAAAAGUCGUGCGCAUGCGGACAAAAUCAUGGUUCAAAAGAAAAAUAUACAUGAAAAGAAGAGGAGUAAUACAGGUCUGCCCAUUGACUUAACUUUCCUGAUAAGAAAUUAACAUUAAAAUCCUAAGCAGAAAUAUAGACCUGGCAAGUAUCUGCAUGCAUUACAUUAAAACAGGAGUUAGUGGAGAAAAUUAAGUGGAUAGUGUAAUCAGUACUUAAGUGGCUGAGACUGAAUAACAUUAUUCAGGUCUAGAAAGGUUAUUUCUUUUCUUUAAAUAGCAGUUCUUAAAUAGCUUGUUGUAAGGACCAACUAAUACAGUUUUUCAUAUCUGUUAUCUGUUGGUACAUUUAUAGAGGGAAAGAAAGGCUAUUAGUGAAAGCUCCCCUAUAUAAAAACUACUCUUGAAAAAUCUAUUUCAGAACUAAAUGUUCACUUCUGUUUUAGAAGUGUUCUACAUAGGCCUAACAAAAUUUCAUUGUGGCGCUAUGAACUAUGUCCAGAUUAUUGUACUAAACUUCAUGCAAUCCCGACUUCCUUUAAUUUAUGAUGCUUUAAUACGAGUUAAUUAUGUGUACCUAAGGGAAUACAACUGGACCUGAUAUAAAGGUAAAAUCAAAUCUUGGAGAACUAUGCAAGUAGUAAAAUUCAAAAUGUCACUUUUUUUUUUUUUAACUAAAUGUAUUGCUUGUCUGCAUUAAAAGAAAAAACUCUAGCGCUUUAAUUUUGAGCAACAAUGGAUAUGUAAUAUGCAAAAUAGAGGGUACUUUCUUUUAAAAAAAACUGGCUAUUAUUUUUUCCUCAAUUUUCCGGCCUACCACACUAAAGAUUUUAAAGAUGUUCAUCAAGUUAUAAGUAGUGGUAAAAAUAGCAGUUUCAGCACUUAAGAAUAUAGAUUGUCUUUAUGAAAAACAAAAUAUUUAAUGAAAAGCACAUGAAUGGACAAAUCUUAUGUAUUUCUCUCUUGCUCACAAACGUCCUUUGAAAAACUAACAUAAAUUAAGGAACUUUCUUAUAACCCAAUUCUUUAUUUUCACUGAAGCAGGAGGAAGAGUAUUUAUACCUAUAGAACCGAACCCUAAUAAAUACUCUCUAACAGAGUUCUGCUCUAAAGAACUGGGAGAAUUUCUGUGAUAACAUAUAUAGCAGAGGAAGACAGGAGGAAAAAUGGCGAAAACUGAUCCAUUUAACAUAAAACUCUAUUAGACUGAAGUACCUUCUGUGAAUGGAAGAGUAAUUCCUGUCCACAGAACAAAACUCGGGAUUCAUUCCAUGGUAUUUUGAAUUCAUUUCAGUCUUGCACAUCAUCUUUGUUGUGGCUGCGGUGCUCUAUGUGUGGGGAUUGGGGGGGAUUUUGGCUUCCAUUGUAAAAAUACAGUAACUUGAUAGCAAGCUUUCAGAGCAAAUGGAUCUUUUCCUUCUGUAUGAUAAUAGUUUUAUAGUCCGCUAUCUUCAUUUUGUGCCCAAUUUUGUGCUUGAGUUGAAUGAGAAACUGGAAAGGUAUAUUUUUUGAUAAAUUUUUGAUUGCUUCUUUAAAUACAGCACACUUGUUUUAAUGAUGCC